ACAUUUUGGCAAAUUCAUCCUGAAAAGGGCACAAACGGAGAGUCCCAACGAAGGCGUUGUUUUUUCCGUUCGCGCGAAGGGGAGAUGCUUCCCGGUUAGCUGCCCCUGGUGAGGUAAUCCCCAAGUAGUACGGGCAGGGGGGAACAUCGCACCUAAACAUUUCAUAGCAAAAUUAACCAACCAGAGGGAGGAACCCCCUUAAGGCUGUUACACACAGGGGGUGUAUACACGUAGAAAGGCCCCGUAGUAGCCACCAUAACAUUUUCACCACAGAGUAUUCUUUUGAGAAAAAAUGGAGAGGGGGAAAAACCCAAUGGAGGCAGAACUCAACAGAGCGCCGCAAGAAGUCAGUUUGAGCGCAUUUAGCCUUCUGUUUAGCGAAAUUGUGCAAUACUGCCUAUGGAAGAGCAAGCGGGGGUACCGAAUCGAGGAUUCCCUACAUGAAAUGGGAUUACGAGUUGGUUACAAGCUAAACGAAUACCUACCAUAUAAGAAUAAAACGAAGAGGUGUGUAAACAUCAUCAGCAUCUUGACCUUCCUCUCAAAGCAUUUGUGGAAAUAUCUUUUCCAGCACUCUUCAGAUUUGCUCAAAUCGCAGGAUAGCAUUUACGAGUAUAUGCUCUGCGACAAGAACAUUUUACUUAACAGGUUUAUUAGCGUGCCCAAGGACUACGGAAAUAUAAACUGCGCCUCCUUCGCUGCUGGCAUCGUCGAGGGGAUGCUCUGCAGCGCGGAGUUCCAGGCAGAGGUGACCGCGCACACGGUGUAUGAGGAUGAGAAAAAUUUCAACACCACCAUUUUUAUAAAGUUCUACCCGGAGGUUGUGAACCGGGAGAGGGGAGAGAAGUAAAGAAAAGAAGUAAAG